AUGGCUCUAAUCGGUCCUCAUUUUCUGUCUCAUCACCAUCUUCUUCUUCAUGUUCUUCUUGUUGAUGUGGUCUUUAUCAAUCUCCUGGCCGCUUCUGCCAGCAACGUGAGUAGACCAGCAGCUUCCUGUCUUCUCCUCUCUCUUUGCCCUGCAGUCUGCUCGUGCGUUCUCUCCUUCAGCCGUUCGCUAACUCUCUCUCUGUUUUCUUCUUCUUCUUCUUCUUCUUCUUCUUCUUCUUCUUCUUCUUCUUCUUCUUCUUUCCAGGUUCACAUUGUUUACAUGGGAGAGAGACGCCAGGACGAGCCCCACCUCGCCCAGAUGCUGCACCACGACAUCCUCUCUUCUGUUCUGGGAAGGUAACAGCCGGCAAAUCGUUUUCCCUUCGCAGUCCUCGUCUGUAAAUUCGCCUUCUUCCUCGUGGUCUCGUGUAAUCAAAGAAAUCUGUUCUGUUGUGAUCUGAGCACCCGGCCUUUUUCCGACCUGCAUCCUGUAGCCCAGAAGUAGCAGCUUCAUCGAUCCUCUACAGCUAUAAACAUGGGUUUUCAGGGUUUGCGGCAGUUCUCACAGAAUCACAGGCUAAACGUAUCGCCGGUGCGUGCGUCUCCCACUGAACUCUUUGCUUGGCGUUCGACGAUCCAAUCCGCAUCUUCUGCAGAUCUCCCCGGGGUUGUGAACGUCGUUCCCAAUCGUAUUCUUAAUCUCCACACAACGAGGAGCUGGGAUUUCCUGCGACUGGAUCCAGCGCCCAGGAGCGGGCUUCUCUCAAAGAGUCGAUCUGGGGAAGGAUCGAUCAUCGGCCUUCUGGAUACCGGUAAAGUCUCAUUCUUUGCUCUGAAAUGCAAGUGGAAUUCAUGGCUCGUUCUCCUGUAUGUGAGCCUCUCCUGUUGGGAAAAAAAAUUCUGCUGCCAGGUAUUUGGCCCGAAUCAGAAAGUUUCAGGGAGGAAGGGAUCGGACAAGUGCCCUCUCGAUGGAGAGGGAUCUGCCAAGAAGGCGAAGACUUUAGUCUCUCCCAUUGCAACAGGUCAGUCAGCCGCCGCUGGCCAUCUUCAACCCCCUCUUUCUCGAUCAGCUCCCUGUAAGAUGCCAAGCUUCUGAUUUGUUCCAAUAAUACGGAAAAAUAAAAUCUCUAGAACAUCAUCAUCUUCCUGCCCACAAAUGGCCAUUUAUUUAUAGCAAGCUCUCCUCAGAUACGGAGAUUAUACGCCGUGUAAUUGAGAUCUCCUUCAUAGGGCUGCUCCUGCAGGAAAAUCAUCGGGGCCCGCUGGUACGCCAAAGGGUACGAGGCCGAGUUCGGAAAGCUCAAUGAGAGCAACGUGUUCGAGUUUUUGUCCCCUCGAGAUGCUCUCGGGCACGGUACCCACACGUCGUCCACCGCCGCCGGCUCUCCCGUGGAGAACGCCGCCGUCGCGGGGCUUGCGAGGGGACUGGCCAGAGGCGGCGCGCCGAAUGCCCACUUGGCGAUAUACAAAGUCUGUUGGGCCACCGGCGACUGCAGCGCCGCCGACAUCCUCGCCGCCUUCGACGACGCCAUAGCCGACGGCGUUGACGUUCUCUCCGUCUCUCUGGGAUCGCCGCCCCCUCUGUCUUCGUAUGUUGACGACGUGCUCGCCGUCGGCUCCUUCCACGCGGCGGCCAGAGGGAUUGCGGUGGUCUCCUCCGCCGGGAAUUCCGGCCCCUACGCUCAGACCGUCAUGAACACUGCUCCCUGGGUGAUCACAGUGGCGGCGAGCACCGUAGAUCGGGCAUUCCCCACUUUGAUUACGCUCAGAAACAACAGAACCCUAGUGGUAAAUUCAUGUCUUUUUCAGGAUUUUCAUCGCAGAGUAAGAGAACUGGCUUCAUUUUUUUUUUCUUUUCACGAUCCCAAUGCAGGGUCAGUCAUUAUACGCGGUGAAGGAGGGCGAGUUCCAUGAUUUGGUGUUUGGCCAAAACAUCGCUUCUAAUUCAGCAGGAGCUGAUGACGCCAGGUGUGGCAUCUGUCUGUAAAUUGAUUUCAACUGUGGAGGGUCUCUGUCUGAUGCGAGGAGGCCCUCGCCUUGCAGAAGCUGCAGUGGAGGAUCCCUGAAUGCCACCUUAGCCAGGGGGAAGGUGGUGCUCUGCUUCCAGUCCCGUCUCCAGAGAUCUGCCUCCGUUGCGACCAGAACUGUGAUGAAAGCUCGCGGCGUGGGCCUGAUCUUCGCCCAGUUUCCCACCAUGGAUGUGUCUUCCACCCUGGGUUUUCCCUGCAUCGUGGCAGAUUUCGAAACUGGGACGGCCAUUCUUUCCUACAUCGGCACCACAAGGUGAGAAUCAUAGAAUCUCACACCCGUGCUGAAAGAUUUCUCACAGAGGAGUUCCUCCCUCUGCUCCAGAGAACCAGGCGUAAGACUGAACCCGACGAAGACAACGGUGGGGACGGUGGUCUCCCCCGAGGUGGCCUUCUUUUCUUCUCGGGGACCCAGCUCCCUCUCUCCCUCCAUCUUGAAGGUGACGCCCUCUCUUCUUGAUGAAUCUAGGUUUCUGGUGAGCUAGUUCAUAGCUGGUCUGGUCUCUCUCUACAGCCUGACAUCGCCGCCCCUGGUGUGAACAUCCUCGCCUCAUGGUCCCCAGCUUCCCUUCCCCCACCUGGGGUCCCUCCAUCAACAUUCAAGAUCGUAUCAGGGACCUCCAUGGCCUGCCCCCACAUCUCCGGCAUCGUCGCCCUGCUCAAGUCCGUUCAUCCCGAUUGGAGCCCUGCGGCGCUGAAGUCCGCCCUCGUCACCUCCGGUAGCUAGAAACCAAAGAAGUUUCUCCCAUUUAUCCCCAUCCCACUGUAAGCUGAUCUUCCCUCCGGCAGCCUCUGUAACAGCGGAAUCCGGCCAGAGCCUCACGGCGGAGGGAGCCCCCUACAAGAACGGCGACCCCUUCGACUACGGCGGCGGCCAUGUUGACCCGAACAGGGCCAUGGAUCCCGGCCUGGUGUUCGACAUGGGCACCUCCGGUCACCUCCGGUUUCUCUGCUCCAUGGGUUACAACAACACCGCCGUCAGCCUGAUGGCCCGCCGGCAAACCAUUUGCCGGAGCGCCGCCGUAUUCUCCCCCCAGAGCGACCUCAAUCUGCCUUCCAUCUCCAUCCCGGAGCUUAGGGGAAGGCUGAGUGUGGCGAGAACGGCGACGAACGUCGGCCCUGUGGCGUCCACAUACAGAGCUCGCGUGGAGGCGCCGCCUGGGGUUGGGGUCAGAGUGGCUCCGGCGAUCCUGGAAUUCAACUCCUCAGUGAAGAAGAUCAGAUUCGAGGUCAACUUCAAGCCCCUCUUUAGGGUUCGGGGGAGGUACUCCUUCGGAAGCUUGACCUGGGAGGAUGGAUUCCAUGCGGUGAGGAUCCCACUGGCGGUCCGUCCAGUCGCCGACGAUUCUGACAGCACCACGGAGGUUUGA